CAAAAAUUCAAAAUGGCAGAAUGGCAGAAAAGUGUAAAAUACUCAAAUACUUCGUUCGUAUCUUUAUCUUCUAAGUGACAAUAAAAUAGUGUGUGACGUGGUGUAAUGGAAUUUCAGUGAAAUUGCAAAUAGAAACAACGUUUUUUAAAGUUUUGUUCAAACAGGAAAAAGAUACUCAAAAUUGUGAUCACAGAGAGUCGCUCGUCGUGUGGCGGAGGCGGUGGGUCGGAGGACUCGGAGGGGCGCGCGUCGUGGCGCGUGACGCUGGACCACGACCUGGUUGAGACCCUCAGUGCGAUAUACCCCGAGUGGUUCAAGCAGCCGCGUCGCGACCGCAGCCGCGCGGCCUCGCCCGCGCACUCGCCCGUCCGCUCGCUCGCCUCGCCGCUCACACCCGACACACCGACAGACGAUAACUUCAGUUCAGGAGCUGAGGAGAUGGCCGGCCGCCAAGCGAGCUGUAGCGGCGCGAGCGAGCCCCCGAGCUCGCCGCCGCGUGUGUCGCCCCCCAAGGUGGUUGUCGACGACAGCCCGCUGCAGCCCGCGAUGGGCAAACACAAAGAAUCAUUGAAGGUGAAGCUCAUGAUGCGACGCCCGAUCAACCAGUUGGUGGCGCAGGGAAUCAUGCCACCACUGAAAACACCGCCUGCCUAUUUCAAGCAACGAGUGCAAUUAGAGAGAGCGAAAACCGGAGAUUUGCUUAAAGCAAAAAUACAGAGUCGACCAGACCGACAAGAACUGGAACGAAGACACAUAUUAGAGCAAGAGAGCCAUGUAGAUCCCAGUUUGGCCGAGAAGCAGCGAAUGCUAAAGAAAGCGCGCCUGGCGGACCAGCUCAACGACCAGCUGUCGCACAGGCCCGGCCCUCUCGAGUUGAUCAAGAAGAACAUAUUGCACACCGAGGAAGACAUCGAGACUGCCGUCAAAAGCGGAGUCCUCGCGUUCAAGGCCACCAGCGAAGGCGCGUCGGGCCGGCCGCAGCACCCGUCGGCUUAUUGCGGCCCGCCCGAGGAGGCGUCGCCGUCGCCCUCGCCGCCUGCUGCGCUCUCGCCCGCCAGCGUCGCCUCCACGCCGCAGCACCCGGCGCCCGGCAAGGAUAAAGGCCGCAAAAAGUGCAAACAGAAGCCUAAAUCGCGGUUUAAAUUUCACGAGUACAAGGGCCCUCCGAAUGCCCAAAAAGCCUCGUCGCCCCCGGACUCGACGGAGACCCCGUACGAGCUGCUCCUGCAGCAACAGCAGCUGCUGCUGCAGCUCAUGCUGCCCGCGUCGCCCGCGCCCUCGUCCGCCGCGUCCGUGGCCUCCGACACAUCGGACGCGCUGGGCGCGCCGCCGCCGCCGCCCCCGCCGCCGCCGCUCGCCGCACCCUUCGCGCUCGCCGCCGCGCGCUUCGAGGACAUGAAGGUGUCCGACUUGCGCGCCGAGUGCAAGCGCCGCAACCUACGCGUGUCGGGCCCCAAGCCGCAGCUGAUAGACCGCCUGCGGCCCUAUCUCGAGAUGCAGGAGGAGGCGCCGCGCUCGCCCGUCUCGGUCGCCUCGCCCGACUCGAAGGCGGAGUCGGAGCCCUGCGACGAUAUCGUGCAGUCGCAGCGGCGACUCAUCGAGGAGCUCGAACGCCAGCUCGAGGAGUCGCGGCAGCAGCUGGAGGCGGUACGACGGGAAGCCGCGGGCGCCGCGGCCAGCGAUCAGAGUCGAAGGCUGCUCCAGGCUCACUUGUGUGUGACACAGUUGCGGGCGAAACUCGAUGCGCUCCAACAGCCCUCCAACCCCGCCCCCGCGCCGCAGCGCUACGUGCUGGCCGCGCCCGACACGACUCCCGAUCGCCUCGUGCGGCUAUUCACCGUCACGCCGCCGUCCGCGACCGGCGACGGGUCCUCCGACGCGACGAGCGGGAAGGCAAAUCAGGCGUACAUCCUGAACGGCGUCAAGGUCGUGCCGAUAGCCAUCCUUCCGACGACGCACUACGAGCCGGAGCGCGCGCCGCCGCCUCCGCCGCCACCGCCGCCGCCGCCGGUGCCGCAGCUGCCUGUGCCUGCGAUGCUCCACGACAACGCGGAGGACAGUCAGAUCAUGGACGACGUGCUUGAAAUUCUCGUCGAAAACGGCGAACUGCCGCCCUCGGCGGUCGGGGACGUGACCCCGAAUCGGUCUCUCGACGCCGGCUAUCUCACGGCCGGGUCUAGCGAGUUCACCCCGACGGACGUCCUGAGUGAUGAUAUUCUAGGGGAUUCGCACGUGCGGGACUCGCUCGCUGCUGACGAGCUGCAGAGAGAGCUCGAUGACAUUCAAAACGAAAUCAUGAGUCACGCAGAUUUGAACGCGAUCAGCGAUCGCUGCGAUAUCGAUUCCUCGGUGACCGAUAUAGAUCACGAUCUCAACGUGGAUUUACUCGCGAAUAACGAGUUCAACGCCAACUUCGCCGGUUCGGAUUCUACUUCGUGUAAUCACGAGGACUUUUUCGGUAGAUUCCUGGGGGAAGAUACGCCCGGCGCGAUGGAUAUCGACGACGAUGCGCCCGAAAGGAUGAGUAUGACGCCGCUAACCAACGGGGACAUCCUGGAUCACUCGCGCCCCGGCUUCGUGGACAUGAACGAACUGUCGCUGCCUUCGUUUCACGACGAGGACACGCGGCACGGCGGGUUCGAGGAGCGCCCCUGCGAGUUCGACUUCAAGGACUUCGACCUCAGCUCGAGUAUGAACAUGAACGUGGACGGCGAUGGCUACGACUACGUGCACGCGCAGCUGAUCCCUAACCUGUUCGGGCGCGGCCACACGCCGCAGUGCGACCCCGUGCUGGGCGGCGUGCUGGCGCGCCCGGCGCCGCGCCCCGCGCGCAAGCACUACUCGUGGGACAAGAUCGAGUACGACGCCACCUGACCCGCGCGGGCGUGCCCGGGACACUGAAGUGGCGCCUGACGACACAUGACACCCUAGCCCGUUGCUGUACACUGAAAAUAAAUGCACAGUAUUUGUACUACAUAGACUCGAAAAAUGCGGUGCUCUCUGUAUAACACGAGCGCACACGUGUAGCGGGCGGGAGGUCUCGUGAUACUGUGCGCGCGUAAUUUACAUGAUCUCUUAGUACCGCACGUCGUCGUACCUCGCGGGAGUUCGGGACCUGAAACACUGAACGUAUUCCGGCGCUCCCGUUGUCGCUUUAAAACCAUAGCGGCGUUAGAUUUAAAGUGAAACAGUAGAUAUUAUAAUACCGGGUAGCGGUUGUAACAUGACGCUAGUCUCGAUGCGGUGACGCGUUCUUCCAGGAUGGUGACUUAGUGAGGACUAGACGUAAUAUUAGAUUUAAUCCUUCGAAACACAUAGUGUUUGCGUGAUGAGUGGACCGGACGGAUAUUAUUUGGUACUUAAUAUUAUAUGAUACGUAUGUUUGUAUCGCUAGAUGGUAAUGUAGCGUAAGUGGUGUGUGUGCUAUUUAUUGGUGAGUGUGGAGCGUCCGUCACCACCGGCCGCGUGCCGUACUUAGCUCACGUAUUUAUGAUAAAUCCAUAUUAUUUACUGAGGCAUAUCUACUUAUGUAUAUAAUGAAAGUGUAAUAAAAUACUCAACAUAGUUGUGGAUAAACUGCAUUCCGCCCGAUGACUAAAAACUUAGGGGAAAAAAUUAUCAUAAGAGAUACUUCUUGUGCUUGAGGAGAUAGAACUAUCAUUAAACUGUGUGACGCCUCUAUUAACACACCACAGUUCCGUUUAAAAGGUUUAUUCUCUGUGAAUUUGCUAAUUUCCCAAAAUCAUAAGUAACAUUCCAGUCUUGUUGAAGUGCAAAUUGUGGCACAUCUGUAUCCUCAUCUCCCUUUAUAUUUCCAUUAGAAUAUGCCCAACUGACAUUGAAACGCGGCGUAAUUUACUAAGGGAGAGGGCAAGAUGCAUAUUCACAAGCCAUCGUCAUGGGUGGGACCAGCUCGGGAACAAUGUUAGUUAUGAUUCAUUUAGGUAAUGUAGGGAGCCGGCUCCGCGUAUGCAAACAAUUAUGCAAGCAUUCCUAUUUCAUUGUUUGUAAAUUGUACCUACUUCUUCCAUUUAUUGUUUAAGUCUGUAGACCCUUCAUAAAGUUUGGUGUUAGUGUGGUGUAAAUGAUUCAGCAAAAUGUUGUAUAACAGUACCCAGAAGGAAAUAUUGCACAUCCAACUUUAGAAAAAGGUCUCUGCUUCGUAGAGAGUGUUCUCUGGACCUCAUAUCUAUGUGAUGUUCCUUUGGUCUCAAUGAAAGAGACAACAUUCUGCAAAACCUUUAUCUCUUUCUAAAGUUUGAUGUGAAGUAGCGACUGCCGGUACUGUGAUUUGUUUAAUAUUUAUUUUAAUCGUAACAAAUUAUUAUAAAUAUUGUAUAAACAUAACAUUCUUGAAAAAGUAUCAUUCCAAUUAUUGUCUAAAGCUUAGGAUAGGUGCAUCUUUAUGGAUAAUUUUUAUUUCUUAAACAAUGUAAGAUUGUUUGCAUAAUUGUUUGUUAAGUAAUUUAUUUAUGUAUCCUUAAUAGAGUACCUAAUUUAAUUCAGGUUUAUCGAUUAGUAUUUUCAUUUUAGAAUAUUGUGUUUGCGUUCACCUCGGCUUUUUCACAAUUUAUAAAAAUUAUGAAAAACCGUAACUCAGAAUGUAUAUGCCAUUAUUUGCAUUUAUAUUUUUAAUUUGUUAAAUACCCAUAGCGACAACGAAUGUGGCCUCACUGCCCUAAUGUGCCAAUGUUACACAAUAUGAAAAUUUCAAAAUACAUAUUUCCAUAAGUAGUUUAUUUUUUAUAUUUGAUAAGUUUUCCUUUGUCAGUGGUCUGAAUGUUAACUAUGUUGGUAGAGAUAUGUGAUAGUACUUUAGGAUAUAAAGUAGUUCUAAAGUACAUUCAUGUAUGGUUUGGUGCUAUAAAUAUGUAAGUGAAAUAGUAUUGUAUUGAAAUACACAUAAAAAAAAUAUUUAACAACUUAACAGUGAAAACGUAAGUCUUUUGAUUAAUGUAUAAAAAUAAACUAGAUGACUACUCAGCAAUUCGUCUUUAAAAGUUUAAUUGCAUAGAUAUAUAAAAUGAUCCAUUUCACUGAUUUAUGUAACAAUUAAAAGUUCAUUAUAAUUUGUUUUUGCUUUACGUACUAAAAUUAAAUAAUAUUCCAUUAUCUAAGUAAAUUAAAACUAAUGAAAUUUCUAAUUGCUCAGCCAAAUUGUACCUAUCCAUUCUAGCCAAUUAUACUAAUUCUUCAAAGAUAAACUAUUAUUGUAUUGCUAUCUUUGAAGACAUACUUAAUAAAGUGUGUUAUGAGCUUGCUAUACCAUUUUGGGUUAGUUUAAUUUAAAAUAUUUAACACAAGGAAAUAUUAAGUGAGAUUAAAGUUUGAGUAUAUUAUUAGUAUGUAUCUGCAUAUUUGUUAUUGUUGUAAUUAUUGUAGGAGAGUUUUAACAUUUGUUUUCUAAUAGUUUAUAUUUGGAAGUGAUAUACAGUGCUGAAUUUGAAUAAUUUAAGCUGUUUACAUUAAAACUAGAAUAUCGAUAGAAUAACUGGCUUCGUUAUAUUGCUCGUAUUAACCUUAAUACCUAUUUAAAUUAUUUGUAUAGUUACCUUCAUUUGAAAUACAUAAAGCAAUAAUGUAAACAAUAAAGAAAAACAGAUAAGUAUAAUUAUGUAAACACUAUCUAGCACAGCCAAGUAUUCAUUAAGGUUGUCACAAAAGGUGCAUAUAAUAUUUUAUAUUUCAUUAUCGGCGCACAAAAUUGGUACUGUUGGUAUAACAUUCGGUACGCACAUUUUACAUAUAUGUAGAUACAUCUUAAAGGCACGCGAUCUAAAGUCUUCUAUCAUGUACUAGAUUUUCCUAUCUGUAAUAUAUACAGUUAUUUCAGAUAAUCUGUCAAAUGUGUAACUGGGCCUACCUUGGUUCUAGAGUACCUGAUGGCAACCAUGUUAGAAUGAUCUGAUAGUCAGUCGAUCGCUCAGUAUCUGCAGAUAAAUUAAUCAAAUUUUUUUUUUUUUACUUUUAAUGAAAAUAUUACAAUAAAACUUAAAGCUAGCCUUAUCAACAAUUAAAUUUACAUAUUUAUUAUUAUUGUACAUAUUUCAUUAUGCGCCAGAUACAAAUAUCUUAUAAUAUGUUCCGUGUGACAAGCCUAGUUAAUCUUGAACCCUAUUUAUUCCUUAUAAAAUGGUUUUUUACCUUGCUGUAUAAUGAAGCCUUGUAAAUAAUUACCAAGCCUUUACUAGUAUGUUUAAGGAAUUGUUGAAACAAAACUUUGUCAUAAA